GACAACCCUAUCAGCUGUUUGUGUGGCAACCAAGUGUUUUCUUUAAUCGGACUGAUUUACGGUCCAAAGCAAUUUCCCAACAAGUUUACUAACUAAAAAGAAACCAUCGGAACUGAAGAACUCGAAAAGUAAAUGGUUGGACCUCAAUUAAAUGCAAGAACGCGCAGUUAGCAAGUAACAUGGACACCGCAUCACCGAGGGAACAGAAGAACACGAAUCCGAUCGAGGCGCUAAGCAAAGAUGAAAUCAUCAGCAAGUACAAAGGCCUGCUCAACAUAGCUAAAAAGGCAAAGCAAGCAAAAGAUGAACUCACCGAGGAAAAUCGCCUUCUCAAGGAGGCACUUAAGCGGGCGGCAGAGAAGCAAAGCAGCCUGCCAGCCAUGCAGGAAAUGGUCCAGGAUUUCACUGACAAGAACCUCAUCCUCACGGAGCAAGUUAACACGCUCAAGCGCAAGACCAAGGAAGAUGCCGAUCGCUUGGCACAAUUCGAGAUUGAGAACGAGAGCCUGAAGCGCCAGUUGGGCCGCCUGAGUGACGAGAACGAUGGCCUCCUGGCAGAUGUGGAUCGAAUGGAGCAGGCUAUGCAACAGGUCAAUGCCUUGGGCAACGAACAGCGAAAGAAUCUGGAACUGUUAGAGGUGGAUAUUGUGAAGAUAAAGGAAGCGGAGGCAGAAAACGCAAAUCUCCGCCAGCAACUGGUCGCAAUGGCCGAGGACUCGGCGCUGAUGCAGCAAAAGUACCAGAGCAUCAAGGAACUCAACUCGGAGCAGCGCAAAAAGUUUAACUCUCUAAAGGAUCGCUUUAUAGAUGUCCACCGCAAACUGAAGAACCUCAAGGAGUGCAAGUGCGUGCUCCUAGAAACACAGCACGAGUACGCUGCUUCCGUGUCCAAGUGGCAGGUGGAGAUUAUCAAAGCCUCACAACUUCUGUGCGCAAAGAUGUCGGCACUACAAGCUGAAAACGAAAAACUGAAAUUGGACACCGAAAAGGCAGGCAAGAACCAUCAAAACGGCGAUCUAGGAAUUGACCGCAAGCGAUUGCAGCAGAGAAUAUUGGAACUGGAACGCCUAGCCAAGUUGGUGAAGCAGGCGCAGGAGCAGCAGAAGAGCCAUCUCGACGUGCAACGGAUUCUUAAGAAAGUAACUGCAAUCGAAAACCUGGCAGCCAUCGUGAAGGAGCAGCAGAGUGUGGACAAGGAACAACUGACAGUUUUAACAAGAGCGCAACAGAAGAACGAAAACCAUUCCAGCAAUCUAAAUGUAUGUCACAUCCAGGCAAAACUCAAUCAGAUGCAAAGCAUCGUCCAAAUCAUUGAAAAUGAGCGGAAUAAUCAGCAGCGGAAGUUGGAGGAUCUGGAAGCCAUCUGCGUUGAAUUGCGCCAACACAACGAGGAUUUGCUCACGCGUUUCCAUCUCAAAGAGCAGGAACAUGGUGAGUUGCUCACGGAGAUGCGCGAGUUAAACGAGGCUCUGAAAGGUCGUGGCGAUGCCAUCUCCCGCCUCCAAGAGCAGCACGAAGCGGAGGUGAAGCGUCAGCGGGACUUGGAGGCCCAACUCUCCAGCAGUCAGCAGGCGGAGCAGGAAAAGUCUCAGAAGAUUAAGCAACUUCAAAGUCGGGUUGAGGAACUGGAGCAGGCCAAUGCGGAUGCCCAGAGCGAUGUUCUGUCCACAUCAACGAUAUCACGAGCAGAGGAAUUGAGUCGCCUUCGGGAACUAGACGAAGGCUACGAGGAGAAGUACCACAAGCUGAGAGCCCUUGCUGCCACUAAAAAAAAGCUGCAGGAGCAGACGCAGCAACUGAAGGAAAUGGAACAGAGUGGCGCCUUAAAACAGGAGUUGGAGGCAGUCAAGUUGGCCCAGGUUCAACUGCAGCAGGAUCUUAAUGCCGCUCGGGCUGAGAAUCAGAAACUUAGGACCAAAGAAAAAACGAAACACUCGAGUGUCCUGAACCUGGAGAUCGAAGCAGCAGAAAAAUCCCUGAACGAAGUUAGUGCAAAACUUACCGCCAAAUCCAGCGAGUUGGAAACAGUCAGGGAAUCGCUUGCCAGCAAGGAAAAUACUAUUAUCCAAUUACGCAAGGAGAUUGCCAUUUUGGAGGAGGCCAAGAAUGGAGAGGCGGCACAUUCCUUGCAACUUAAGGAGCAGAUCGACCGCAUGCAAGUGCAGGUCAAGGACGCCGUUCACAGCAAGCAGCAGGCUCUCACUCAAAACAAGGAUUUGGAACAGGGUGUUGAGAAGGCCAAGCUGGAAGCGGAGCAAUUGCGUCUUCAGUUGGCGGAAAGCGCCCAGCAGUACGAAUCUAAGCUAAGCAUUGCCACCCAGCAACUAACCACUCGAACCGAGGAGCUCGAAAUGCAUUUGGCAGAACAGAAGCGUUUGGAGACGGCGUUACGAAAUGCGGAACGGGCUCAGGAUGAUCUGCGAGUGGAGUACACCGAAUACAAGCUGAAAGCACAGUCGGUGUUGCGCAAAAACCAAAGUAAGGGCUCCAACAGGGAACAGGAGUUGGAGGAAGAGUUAGCCAGUCUACGGGAAAGUGAAAAGAAUUUGCGGGCCAGCAACGAUGGUCGGGCAGCGCGCCUGGCCAAAAUGGACAGUCAGAUAGAGGCACUGCGACAGGAUAAUGCUGAUCUGCAGAAGCGUAGCAAAGAGCUGCUGACACUGGUGGAUGAAUUGCGGCAGCAAAACGACUUGCUGUCGCUGGAGAAUCAACGCCAGCUGCAAUUCCAACAAGAUCUUAUGCAGCAGCAUCGCCAGCAAUUGGAGAAAGUGGACGCUGCCCACCAGUUGCAGUUGAAACAGGUGCAGCAGCAACUGGAGGAGGCACAGGCGAAACAGAUUAACGUAUCCCAGAUUAGCAGCACAUCCGCUGCGAGUGGAGAGCCCAGUCCUGAACAGGCAAAGAUCGAUUACUUGCUCAUGGACCACGAAUCUGGCUUGGAGAAUCAUGUUGCCGAUGUCUCCCUUUCGCAACUGGCUGCCCAGCGAAAGAUCUCCACUGCCUCGAGACGUUCCCACGAUUUUAUGCCACUUGAUGAGCUGCUCAACACUUCCAUGAACCAAAUAACCAGCGACACUGUAACUACCAUCUCCAAUUUCGGCCGCAGCGUUUCCCAACAAGAGGAUGAAGAAGCGGAAAUGGCCGCGCGCGGUGACUUUUCCGUCCAGGGUGCCCAACUACAAGCCACAAAAGAGCGGCUGAUCAUCCAGGAAACUCGCGUCAAGCACUUGACUGCCCUUUUGGCGGAGAACGAGCAGGAUUUGGCCAAACUCACGCAGAUGAACGACAUGCUCAAGGAGGAAUUGCGACGCCAAGAGCGUUCCGAGGAGCGGGAGCAGCACAUGCACAACUCCGAGUAUUUAAAGAACGUUUUUCUGAAGUUCCUUACAUUAAACAAUGUGGAUGAGCGCCAGCGUUUGGUUCCAGUGCUUAAUACCAUUCUGCGCCUAAGUCGUAAUGAAAUGGACAUGCUGAAUUGUGUUGCCAAGGGGCAGAAGGUGUCUUCCGAUGGCAGCAGUCGCAGCUGGACGGGAUUCCUAACAGCGUGGAGUGGAGGAGGCACUCCGAAUAACAAUAACUAGCUAUCACCAUAGAUCAUAAAUAUAUAAUUAUGGGUAUUGUUGGAUGUGGAUAGUCACCAGUCAUUAGACAGAUGCGUAGCAUUCAUUCUGUAAAUCUUGUACAAUUUCCUUUUUUUUAUUAACGUAUUUUAAAAUUGCCCGUUGCUAUUUGGCACACCGUACUUUGUACACACUUAUAGGUAUAUGUUCAUAUUCGUUGUGUUGAGCGCCCUAUACAGCACUCAUCGAGCAAUAUACGCGUUGUAGAUCGAAGCCCGUUCAUGUAUUUAAAAACAAUUGGGUUUUCAAUGGUUUCUUUAAUUUGAAAUUCUAUUACCAUAUAGAUCAGACUAUUAAUCAAUGCUAACGUUGUCUAUAAAUUAGUAUUCCAUUACUUGUAUUGUAUGUACUAUAUAUAAAUAGGAUCGGUAAUCAUGCAUACUUUACACUUAAAAACGGUGUAUAUUGUUCACACACAAUAUAAAAUAUAAUUAAAACAUAAAGCCUAAAAUAAAAUUCAUUCAAACUAAAUCUGA